GUGGUUCUUGUUCAUCUUUGGCUAUACGCCGCCGCUGCACACGCACGCACACACGCGCCCUCCCGGGGCUGCUGCACUCAUCCGCCUCCUCCAACUCGACGGCCCGAAGUUCCUUCUCCACGUAAUCCAGGUCUCUUAACAGUCAUUUAUGGACAGGGAACCUGACCCAGGAGAACAAGUGACAAGUGAAAACUCAUGGCUGUCAGUGAGUCCUAGCGGUCUUUGGGAGGUACAGAGAAGAUGGAAAGGGGAAAGAAAGAAAGGAGACGACACUCCUCUAUUAGGGGCCAUAUGCAAACUCAGAGUGUGUCUCAAGAACCACAAAGAAGAUCAUGCCCAGCCUCUACAUUCGGAUGAAACUGAGCCGGGAGUCAGUGUCAGUUCUGUGCAGGUUCCAGAGUUUCCUCGCUCACAGGAGUCAGUCCUGCAGGUUCCACUGGACAGGUGGAUAGUGCUGCGUGUGGGAGAGGGACAAUGUGACAUUAUAGAAAGCUGUUUGGAAGGAAUGAGGGCUGAAGAGACCUGUGAGUUCACAGUAAGGCCUCAUCAACGGCAUUUGAAAAUGGCACCAAGUGACAUUCAUGCUGCCCAGUUAGAGAGGAAAGAAGAGGAGAGACAGCUGAAAAGUGAGUGUUUUUCCCUGCAGCUCCACUCAUUCACUCCAGGAAAGGAGUCCUGGCAGAUGAUCCCAGCAGAGAAGUUGACCUGGGUGCUGUUUUAUAAGCAGAGGGGCAGCCAGCGCUUCAGCACGGGAGACAUCUGGGGAGCAAUGCAUUCGUACUGCUGUGCUGUUAAGCUGCUCAUCACUUUAAAGGGACAUACCAAAGGGAAAGAUGGGGUUCUGAAGGUAGACGUAAGCAGAGCAUGUGAUAAGAAAAGUGACCUAGAAACUCAGUCAGUAAAUAGAGAUACAGAAUCAAAAAGUACUUAUAUCCAAACUGAGGAGGAGUAUAGGACUAUGAAAGCAGAACUCCAUUCUAAUCUUUCUCUGUGUCAGCUCCGACUUGGCCAGCCAGCAAAAGCUAGGAACAGUAGCAACAAAGCCACUGCACUGGAUCCGACGAACGUAAAAGCCUGGUAUCGUCUUGGCCAAGCAUGUCUGCAGUUGGAAGACUUCACAGAAGCACGGCAAGCUUUUGGCAAAGUCCUACAACUCCAACCAGGUUCUGCCUCUGCCCAAAAUGCCUUGAAAAACGUAAAUGCAAAAGCAAAAGAGUUUGACAAUAAGCUUGGGCAAAGGCUAAGCAAAAUGUUUACCUAGGGGUUUGCUGACAAAACAGUAUGUGCACAAAUGUAAAUGUAGCAUAUUAAAACUAUACAAAACUUAAAAAGAGCUCAAAAAGAAAUGCAAAGCUCAUCCAAUGAUCUGACAGUGUUUUAACGGAAUAUGUUCCCUGACAAGAGAUACUGCUCUAUGCAUUGUGAUUGUGUUAUGUAUGUAUGCUGAACAACUACCAAUAAAAUUAUUUAUAAAUGUG